UGAGGAUGCCAGCGAAACUGACCUAGCAAAGCAUGAGGAAGAGGACUUUGUAGAAAUGAAAGAACAGAUGUAUCAGGACAAACUGGCAUCUCUGAAGAGGCAGUUACAACAAUUGCAGGAAGGUACUCUUCAGGAAUAUCAGAAAAGAAUGAAAAAGUUGGACCAGCAGUACAAAGAAAGGAUACGAAAUGCAGAACUGUUCCUCCAGCUGGAAACAGAUCAGGUGGAAAAAAAUUAUGUCAAGGAAAAGAAGGCAGCAGCAAAGGAGUUUGAAGAUAAGAAAAUUGAGCUCAAGGAAAACUUGAUUGCAGAGUUGGAGGAGAAAAAGAAGAUGAUUGAGAAUGAAAAGCUAACCAUGGAAUUAACAGGAGAUUCAAUGGAAGUGAAGCCUAUUAUGACAAGGAAGCUGAGGCGACGACCAAAUGAUCCAGUUCCUAUCCCAGACAAGAGGAGGAAACCUGCCCCUGCUCAGCUAAAUUAUUUGUUGACUGAUGAGCAAAUAAUGGAGGACCUGAGAACACUGAAUAAGCUUAAAUCACCCAAGAGACCAGCCUCUCCCUCCUCUCCUGAACACCUCCCAGCUACACCAGCAGAGUCUCCAGCACAGCGGUUUGAAGCCCGGAUAGAAGAUGGAAAACUCUACUAUGACAAGAGAUGGUACCACAAGAGCCAGGCUAUUUACCUGGAGUCUAAAGAGAACACUAAGAUCAGCUGUGUGAUCAGUUCCGUGGGCGCCAAUGAGAUCUGGGUGAGGAAAACCAGUGACAGCACAAAAAUGAGAAUCUAUCUGGGACAGCUGCAGCGAGGUGUUUUUGUGAUUCGUCGACGAUCAGCUGCAUGACUGUAUGCUCUUCCUUGGUCUUUUUUUUUUUUUUUUUUUAAAACCAAUAGACAAACCUCUAAUGAGGAAUGGCAGUCUGUUCACUCAGCAGCAGAGAACGCUGUCAUGACCUCUUACGAGACAGUUCGUGGCUGGCCACAUAAUCCCCAGUAGUCCUUAAAUCUUUAGUGAUACCCAAGCACUGCCCUGGACUAUUUCUGGAUUUUGCAUCAAGCUUCUGUAUGCUUUCUUUAUAUUUUGGGUGACUAUUUAAGAAGACUUUGCAUCAUACUUUUUCAUCAUUGUUUCAUGGUGCAUAGAUGGGACUCGUAUGCUGAAAACAACGUAACAUUUAUGUUUUGAAUCAGACCAAUGGAAGAAGCUUUGCUUGUCAAGACCUGAGGUUAUUUGUUCUUUUAGGUUUUGUUUCCCUGCAAGGCUCGGGUUGUUGGGCAAAAGGAGAUUAAUUUUGCCAGCUUUCAGCUGCAGCCGAGAGAUGCAUCUGUAAUACCUGGUAUAUGACAUCAGCUUUAUUGGAUGAACUGUUUAAAGACUUGAGCACUGAGGCUUUUUUUAGGAAAGUGUGAACAGCUUAGAAACUGCUGAAAAUCCAGUUGAUUUUAAUGUAGUUAAGCAGUCACAUGUGGUUAACCAGAAGUUUCCGUUUCUCCUCACAUUAAAAAACCCUUCAAUGAACAAGCAGAGAGUAUAUCUAUUUGCUGAAGUCGUUUCCUGAAAUAGGUGGAUGAGUGUAAACCAAAGGAUUAAUUAACUGGACUUUGCAAAUAGCGAGACUGCAUGAACUGUAUGUAUGAGUAUAAGCACUCAUACAUGUAGAGUGAUGAAGGGUAAAUUUAAUUUUCUUUACUAAUGUUUAGAGUAACAGGUCAUGCCGGAAUCCUGCUGACAGAAGAUACCAGAUCUGUUGUAUCUUCCAAAGAAGCCUGGGUACAGAGUAGAAAGCGGCAUUGGCAUGCUUUUAGUGUAUAGCCAAAACCUUUGUUCCCUAAAAUGUCAUGCAAAGGUUUGCCUUUGAAGGGUAUUUUAAUUACUGGAGAUAAUGCUGGGUUUCUACACCUGCCCUCCAAUAGCACAAGUGAAAAUUCUCAAGUGAUUGUAUUAGUAUGUUCCCGUCCAAGAUGUUUAAAGAUCUGACUCUGGCACUCCUUUAUUAUUCCCAGUCUUUUGCUGAUGGCUGAAACAACCAAUACCACAUGUGACUGCACUGGCAUGAACUACACAGUGCACUGGCAAUGCUCAGAUUUUUGCCUUCGGUGCAAAAGAACUUUGUGCUCUUUUUGAUUACUGGACAAAAAGUUGUAAUUUCUGCCUUUAUCAAUAUCUGUCACUUUGAGGCAUCUUUUGGUUUUGCUUUUGAACUGCCUUCUUGUUCAGCAUCAGUCUAGCCUUUCUUUCAUACCUGGAUAAAUGGAGUAUUUUAAAUGACUCUUUCCAUUUCUUUUGCUUACUGCGGUUGGGGGGCAGUCACAUCCCAAUAACUGACAUGCGUACCUGGAUCUGGAGCGGCGUGUUAUGGCUGGGUUUCUGAUGUGUUGCCUUUGUGGCUGAGACACCUUACGUAUUUUUACUGUGUUUAGAAUUUCAACUGGAUCUGGAGCCUUGGCGAGGAAAGGAGAGGGUGCCUCUUUUCCCCCUUGAAAAUGUGCCAUCUGUGCUGCAGCGUUAGUCAGGUGGAAAGCAGGCUGUAUUUUGUCACAUUAACAGCAUACUUAAUAUAACUUAACAUUCUCUGCACGUGUGACAGCUUUUUAAUAAGGUGAUGAUGCACCAAACAGGAUUUGUCACUGAGCCUUAAAAUGAACAUCAUAGUUCUUAUAAAAAAAAAAAAGUACUAAGUAAAUAACUGGAUUUAUUUCCUACCUGUAUCAUUUUAUCAGUAUAUACACUUGUGGAAAUAGCUGGGAACUUUGGUUCAGUUUUGGAGAAGUAUCUUGCCAACCUGCUAACCGCAGGUGAUCUCUGCUGCUGUGAUGUUAUCUGUUCUGGGGUAACUUUAAAGGUAUUGGUAGAAGUGUGACAGUUCAGCAGCUCUCUUGGAGCCAGGCGUGGUAUAGGUGUGUGUUGUGUAAGCUUAAUUGUAUGGCUUUGACGUAUGACAUCUUAAUCUGAAUCAGCAUCACCUGCUUACCAUCCCUAUUCCUUGGCAGAAGGGGGAAAAGAAGAGCUGCUCUCCCAGCCAAAAGCCUGUCUUUCCAUCAGCUGUGGACUUACAUUGCAAGGGAGUGAGGGGGUGGUAAUGGCAUGGGACACACGUUUCUAGUUCACACCCGAAUCAGAAUUUGAAUGGUCUUCUGGAAGCAAAUAUCUGUGGGACUGUUGUGCCAUCUCCUCUUCUGUAACCCCCCUGUGGACAUUCAGCUGUGCUGAGAAAGUUACUGUUAUCAUAAGGACUCAUCUUGUGUCGCUGCAGAUAGAUAAUCAAGGAGCGUAGCCUUGGACUGCAACUUGUGGUGGGAGAAAACAAGGUAGGAAUGAACGAGGACACUGAGCUGUCAGAGUGGGAAGGAAGAAAAUUUAGGUGUGCUGUUGUAUUGGCUGGGGAGAUGGGUUACGUACACUGAUCCUGAUUGAGGGCAAUGCUUCAGCAUGGCAGCUGCCAAAACUUGGUCUCAAACUCUUAACCUACUUUUUCACGCCGAUCUUGGCUCUCCUGGGAGGAUACGUGAGGUUUGUACAACUCCCUUCUGUCAGAGUUCUUUGCCCAUUGCCAGUUUCCCCAGUGCCCCUUUCUGCUUUUGACAGUCCUGAGUGUGACCUUGCAGCCCUCUCUGCUCAAAUUUAACUGCUACACUGAAGGUAUUUUGAUUUAAGACUACUUCAUCCUUAGUUCCUAGUUUUAAUGAAAUGAAAGUCUUCCUUGCCUUAGCUGAUCACCAUGAAAAGUAGCUCUGUCUCCUCUAACAAAGUACGUGAAUAUUGUGUCCUGUUCUUUCAAGCAGGCUGUUCUGUAAUGACCCAUGCCAUUUACAGGGCUGGAAAUGAUGAAAAUGCGGUGCCUUACUGUACACUCAGGGAAGCAACACAUUCGUUAAUCCUAGAAGGAUGCUCAAAAUGUGUUGUGGCGAGGAUGAGGCAUGUGGAGAUCAAGAGUAUAGACAUCAGCUGUAGAAAUGAAGGUUUCCUGCCACUGCUUGGAGAAAGAGAGACAAGUUACUCAAGGAGAUGGACAAGGUCUUGCUUAAAUUCUAAGAGAAAAUUGGCUUUUCUAUCUGCAGUUUGCCUGUCUAAUAUCAGUCUUGAAGAAUUCAAACCGUCAGUGAACCGAAAUGGCUUUGCUACAGUUAUGAAAAGAUUUAAUACUCAUUAUGGACAGCAUUUAAAGGAAAUUUAAGAAAUAGUUUUCACUCCUGCUUACAGUCAUUUUAAAGAAAGGUGAACCUUCUGCCAAAACCAGACUUUUAUUGGGGGUUAAAUUGUAGCUGGCCGUUGACUCAUAUUAAGCAUUUUUCUCAUUGCCUCGAAGUGGACUGUGAUGUUUGAGCAGGUGCAAAAUAAAAAAAGGUUCCCCCCCCCCCCCCCCAAUAGAUGUUCAAGUGGACAGGAAGACAGAUUGAUGAACCAGCUUCCAUUUGCUUUUUGACAUCGUACUCACUGGGAAGUUUCAAAAGAGGCUUUUUCCUGGAAUGAAUGCUAAUAAAACAAAUUCUCUUUCUUGGCUCAUGCGCUUUGUCUGGAAUUUCAUAAAGAAACAAAGUGAUUUAAGGACAGAAGUCUUGAUUGCUUGCGAUUUUUUUUUUUUCAUACAUUUCUGGGGAACUUGCGGAAAUAAAGCCUAAAAGAGCAAGAAAUUGCUGUGACCCUUAUGAAAAACAGA